GCUAUUGUGCUCUCAUUAAAUUGUUAAGCACAAAAUUCAAUGAUUUUCUACUUGCAAUGUCCUGUCAAUGUCACUAGCAAAACAUUUUUUUUUUAUUUUUAAAGUUGUUGUCGUCUGGAUCAAAUUUUGGACAUUUUCUGAUCAAAUUUUUUUUUUCUAAGUAGUUCUGAUGAAGACCUUUAGACCGUUCCCUAAAAUAUUUUUGAUUUUCCAUCUCAGUCCUGCGAUAUAUUUUUUUUUAACACUUUCAACUUUUUAUUUCUUGUUAAUCAACGACUCGACAUUUUUUAAUGCAUUAAAAAAUAUAGUUAGAAUCAGCAUUAAUCCACUCACAAAAAAAAGAUAAAGUUGACAGUUCGUGUUAAACCGGAGAAAUAUUUAGAGAAAGUCGAGUGCUUUCCCCAAACGAAUCCACCCAUUUCCUUAUUUCGAAUGUUCCCGCCAUUUCUCACCGACAGUGGCGCCAUUCCUAGGAUCGUUCAAAAUGACUUUUCAAAUCUCCAUAAAAUACCGACAUCCCUAACAACUAAAUAGCGCCCCAGAUUCCCCAAAUAUUUAUAAAGUUGAAUAAUAAAAUGAGUAACAAUUUUAUUAGAGCCAAAAAUUUGUUAAAUAAUUCUAGCUAUUAAUUUUAUCGCAAUGGAGUGGACACAGUGGACACCAAAUGAACCAAACCGAGGGGUCGUCACUGUGCGGGGUUUGGGGGUUGUAUUAUUGAUCAAUAACAGACGAUGGGCCGUGCCGGCGCGGUGGCAGCUGUGUUGUUUCCCCCAACGUUUUUACACCUCAACUGUAUGCGUGAGAAUAAAAAAAAAACUGUAAACUACUCCCUCCUCCCACCCCACUCUCCACAUCACAAGUGUGUGUUCCCCUUAACAGUUGAAAUUAUCCGGCUUCGAUAGAACAGUCAUCCACCCCCUCACAAGAGUCAAGACAAAAGUACCCCUCGAGGGUAGUUAAAGUAGAAGAAAUUGAAGGAUUGAUCAAUUUUGUUGAGAAUUAUAACAAUUCUCUUCUUGGCAAUUUCAAGUGAUAUUGUGCAAUAGCCAGUUCUGUGUGGGUGUGAGAGAAAUUUUGCGGAUGAGGAAGAUAGAGAGGGGGCUAAUAUUUGUGUGAGGGGUUCUCUCACAUCAUCGGAAAAUUAAUACAGCACGAAGCUGUACGUGUACCACUUUCCAAUGCAGACUUUGAGGAAGAAAAAUAGUCCAUGCAAGUUCAAAAAAGAGCCAACCCAAUUCCUCGGGGAGGGCGUGUCCUUCAAAGCGAAAUUAAUUGGGAUACUGGAGGUAUCAGAAGCACGUGGUGAUCAAAUGUGUCAAGCAGCACUUGGUGAUUUAAAGAUGGCAAUAAAAGCUGCCGGUGAACACAAACAACGAAUCGCGGUUCAAGUCAGCAUCGAUGGUCUUCGUCUACGUGAUGAGAAAACAGGAGAAUGUUUAUAUCAUCAUGCAGUCCACAAGAUAUCAUUCAUCGCUCAAGAUCGAUACGACUCCCGUGCAUUUGGCUACAUAUUCGGAUCGCCAGACACGGGCCAUCGAUUUUUCGGAAUAAAGACAGACAAAGCAGCGAAUCACGUGGUUAUGGCGAUGCGUGAUCUCUUCCAAGUGGUUUUCGAGUUAAAGAAGAAGGAAAUGGAGUUGGCGAAGCAACACAUCGAGCAGAAUGUCAUGAAAUACCAUACGAGUGGGAUAUUCGUGGAGCCUGCUCCGGACACAAAGGGAGCUGCAGGAGUGGAGGCUUGUGUGCACCGGAUACGACCAGGCGCCGAUGCAGAAAGAUCAUUAGAAAAAAAACCGGAAAACCGGAGUGGCGUCAUAGCAGAUCUCCUUGAUCUGCAGUUCGAGUUGAAUUCGUUGCAGCAGGGUAUUCAUCAGAUGGAUAAAUUAACCCCUGAAAAUCCUCGACCAUCCUCGGAGGAUCCAUUCGAGGCCGAUCCCUUCGGCGAUUCAUUCACAAACAUGAAAGUUAAAAAUUCAGUUCAACCGAUUCUACCACCACCACCAUCAUCAGCAAAACGCAAUCAUCUCGAACGACAAGCUACCCUAUCCACACCAACAUUAUCAACAUCGAGUCCAGCUACCGUUAUGCCUAGUAAAACACCACCACCCCAAACAUCCUUACAGUGGUUAGAAAGCGAGACUGAGAAAAGAUUUAGUGAUGGAGAAAUAUCUAGUCUUACAGGCGGUAUGAAUGACAAAGAAGGUAAGGCAAAUGAUUCUGAAAAUGGUUCAGGUUCAUCAUCAACGGCAGCUCGUAAGAGUCCACAAAUUGAUGUAUUUACGGAAUUAGAUCCAUUGGGAACUGGCUUAAGUAAACCCUACAUAGAUAAAAAAGACUUCUUUCAACAUCUGAAGAAUCCACCCAAGAAAGUCCUAAAAGAACUAGCAUCAACUUCAUCAACCGACACAUUCCCAACUAAUUUUCAUCUUUCAGACUCACUGGAUCCACUCAAAUCGCGAGAUGAUAAACAAGGUGAUCUAUUCGAAGACGGAGAUUUUGCUAAUUUCGACAAAUUUGAUGAACCAGAAACAUAUUCAACCCCUAAAUCACAAUCACCACAGAUGAGUAAAAAGUCACACUUGAUACACCAUCAGCCUUUGUCUGUGUGCUUACCACCAGAAGACAGUCAAAUAUCAAAAUGUCGAGAUAGCUCGGUUAGACUAGAACGAGAUGUAUCUGAACCAAUAGCAUCGCUAAUACGUUUACCGAGUCCUAAGAAGUAUCAAUCGUCAAUACGUAAAAAAGAUUAUGACGUAGAUUUACCUUCGGCCUGUCGUACUCAGUCAAUAGACAAAACAUUUCCGGUUGAUUUUGUGCAUUCAACAGAAUCUCCAGCUUCUCCCCUGCGUUCUUGUUCCUCAGACGCCAAUUCUCGGGUCUCCAUAUCCAGUGCUGAGCUUGAUAUAGUUCCAGAGCCACCGCCUCGAGGUGCUGGUAGUAUUUUAAUAAAUCCUCCUCCCCUUCCGCCGAAGAAACAAGGGGUGCGGGCGACGAGUAAACCUCCACCUAGACCACCCCAUAACGACACUCACUUCCACUAUGACUUUAUCGAGAGAGAGGAAUCACCAUCAACAUCACCCGUGCGAAGUCAUCGUCCAGCAAGAAGUCCUGAUAUGGAAAUGGUGAAGGGUAGAUUCGAUGAUAAUUUCAGUCCACCCUCGUCAAAGUUCCAAUCCAUAAAUACAAGUGGUGCAUCCUUCGAAGAUUCCUUCAACUCGAUGAUUCCCACGACUCUAUCAUCCCUCUUCAAGACGUCCUACCUGUCAUCUAGUGAAUCCAAGAAGAAGCCAUCAUUAGACAUAACACUUAGUCAGCUAACGUCAUCGAAUCUCACUGAGUUAGCAACGAGUUUGGAGAUGACUGUUGGAGAACUUACGAGUCUUACUCUGCAACAAUUAACUGAAUGUCUGUCCCAACUCUCCGCGAAGGAACAGCAGAUCACACCAACUCAGCCAGCAAAAGAAUUUAGGGAAGUUGAACAUAAUCCAGAAAUUCCCCGAACCCCAAAAACUGUGAUCCCAGCUAAUGAACCGCUCUUCACAGCUACCUUUGAUCAGGAUAUCAAACAGCCAGAAGAUCCCAAAUACGAUAAGUACGCAGUGUUUCGAGAGCUUCUAGAUUUAGAACAGAGUACAAACGAUUCUAGUCAAAAAGACUCUAUCGACGAUGGGAUCAACGACUUCGAUCGGAAAGAGUCGAUACCCCAAGAAGAAAUGAUCCAGGAAACUGAAUGUAAAAUUGAAUUGAAUAUCAAAAUCGAUGUCGAUGAGGACAUACCAGAAGACAUCAAGAAAUCCGAAUCAAACGAAUUAAUGAGGGAGUCGCCGAUCGACGAGAAAGCAGAUAGUGUCAAGACACCAGAAGAGUUGGAAACCAAAAACGAUUCGAUAGAGUUGGAGGACAUGAAAGACCUCGAUGAGUCCGAUGAGAAGUAUCAAUCACUGGAGAAUUCAGAGUGCGAGAAGGUUCAGCCAGAAGCCCAUCAGAGCACCCCAGAAGCGAAGGAAGAGGCAAUCGAUGAGGCCAUCACCAAAAUUGAAACGAAAUCACCGCCUCCAACAGCCAAUGAUCGUUACGCAGCACUACGAGAGAUAAUAUCUGUUAUCCAACCGAUCAACGUAACCGAGGAGAAGUCGAAAAGUCCAUCACCCGUGACAACGUCCAAGAGCUUAGCUGAACAUGACUUGAUGAAGCUCUUCUCAGCUCCUUCAUCGCACCCCACGAGUCCAAAAAAGAUCAGCAAAGAGGAGAUUGAUUUGAAAGCAACUGCUACCGAUAUUUUCCAAGAAAUUCAAAUGUUGAAUAGUAGUGUAAAUAAUUCAACUAAACCAUCAGCAUCUGGCUUCGAGGAUGUCUUCUGUCCCUUCGUCGAGCACAAGAAAAAUCGUGAAGAAUCUAAGGACGACGGUAACUGGGCGAAAUUUGAAAGUGGAGUUUUCCAAAGUGACAAGUCAUCAUUCGAAGCACAUGGAUCGUUGGGUGGUACAUCACCCUGGUCACCGGAUGAUAAAGAAAUCCAGAAGGAGUUGGGCUUUAAAAUAAGCACUCAACGACACUCCGGGGACAGCGACAACGAAUGGAAGGACGAAGAAGAGUCAGAGGAGAGUAAUGGAAGGGCUCGUGACGAGGGACUUUGGCGACAUCCCCCAACGCGAUUCGACUCAAGCUGUGAAGAAAGCACUUACUACGAUGCUAACGACAAGGAUCGGAGCUUUCGAGAUAGAUCAGUUCGAAAGACUCGAGGAGUUCCCUGGACCAAGACCCCACAUAGACCCAGGCUUGAUCCAUCUCCAUGGCAUGAGGAGACUCGAUGGGAGGAUGAGCCGAGGCGAUAUCCACUCAGGAAAAUUCCUUAUAAGGACGAGGAGGAGCGUAAGGCUCACUGGAAAUGUCGAAGUGGCCAAAGGGCACCCUGGAAUGGUGAGCGAGAUCCCAAUUUCCGAAUUCAUGAUCAUCAGUUUUACGAGGAGGAUCGAGGUAAGCGAAGAAUGAUGCUGUGGAACGAGGACGAUCGAGACAGAGAACGUGAUCGUGAUCGGUUCAGUAGUCAGGAGAGCAUGGGCUACGAUGAUGAGGAACGAUGGUCAAUUCGGGAAUACGAGAGGAGACGGUGGGAGGAGGAUUCGAGAUUCUGGAGGGGUCGAACAGCCGGCGAAACUGAUUAUCCAAUAUACAGAAAACACAAUAUGCAUUACUGCAGGGACUCCAGAGAAAGGCCGAUAGACUAUAAUCCAUCUGGAUGGGAGGAGGACUAUGGUCCUGAACGUUCUGACAAUUCCCCAAGAUACGUCACCAGGAAGAGACACUGGCCGAAGCGUCCAAACAGCGCUAAUGAGGAUCGUAAUGCAGAAGUUGUUUAUGCUGAGCCACGAAUGAAAUACGGAAUGUCACGAUCGGAGUGCAGUGAUAAUGAUUCGGAUCUUUAUCAUCGGCCGUACAGGUCGCGCAGUCGGGAGAGCUAUUGGGAGAGUGAUCAGGAGUUCGAGAGUUGGGGAGAGCGACCCUAUUGGUCAGAGGGACCGGAUAUGAAGAGUGAAUCGUUGCAUCGCAGGCGAAUGAAUCGACACAAACAGCCAGCAAGAUCCAAACCCCAGAGCUCACCCUUUGAGGAUGAUUUUACCCAGAGUAUCGAUCAUGGACAGGUGGAUCCGCCAAUUGUUUCGGAAAAUCGUGUGCGACCAGAACCAGAGACUAAACAACCCCUGAGCCCACGCAAUUCUCAAGAGCACGUUAGGAAAGAUGGGAGGAAGCAGCAUGUGAGAUCCAGCUUCUUUGAUGAUGACCUGACACCAUCAGCGUCCAGUGAUGCAUCGGACAGGCAACGAGUUGGUUCAGACCUGAAAGCAACACCCGAUGAUGCGCCUGUUGAUCCAAGAGAUCCACCAUCGGCUGACAGUUUUGUAUCGGAAGACAGUGGUAGAGAUUCAUUUUUCAAUGGAGAUCCUAGAUUCGAUGAUGAUGCUUUUGCGUUUAGAUCAGAAGUUGCUGAUAGUGUACCCAACAAGUCAACUUUACCAUUGAAGAACUCGAGACAAAUAAAGUACGGUAAUAACAGAAUGAAGGGUGAUUACGAUAUUAAAAAGUCUGAAUCGGUUAACAUAUUUGUUAGGGAGAGCGAUCCAUUUGAUGACGAUGAUUUUUUCAAUUAACAGCAAUAAAUUCAUCGAAUAAUUUUUCGUAAUCACUGAGUCAUCAGUAAAUGGACUAAUAUCAUUCGUCUUCUGUCACUUGAAUAUCGCUCGUGUAUUAGGGGAUCAAUGAUUUCAUCAAUUUUCUAGUCAUAAAAGUAUUUUGUUUGAUUUUAUUGCUUGACAAUUUCCGCUUUUAUUUCGUAUAAAAAAUUAAUGGGUAUUAGAAAAUGAUAAAAAAUAAAAAGAUAGAGACAAUUGGUGUGGUAAAUUUGAUUGUUAUGUUUGGAUAAUGAAUUCAUUGAAUGUGGAAUGGUGAAACGAAGACUGCAGAGACACUAAAAUAUGGUUCAGACAACUCACAGAAUGAUAAAGUAAUAAACUUGUCGCAUCAUCAGAACAACAAAAUUUUGUAAUCCUUUGUUAACAAUAAAAUACAAUGGCACAAAAGGGAGAGACUUACGAAAUUUGAUGAAAAAUUGCAUUAAUGUAUCUGACAAUUACAAUUCCGUCAGUUAAUAAAAUGGAAUCAUUGUCAAUCAAUUAUUUUUAUU